ACCAAGUAUUGUUAAAAUUGUAUUCUGAUUUUUUUCAGGACACAUUUCAUUGAGAAUUUUAAACAUCCACAAGUGAAAGAGUGCAGUGAACCAACAUGACUUAACCAUGCAGAUUCAAAGAUUACCAAUCUUAUUUGGAAGCAAAUCCCAGAGAACAUUUCCUUCUUAAAUAUUUAAUUUUAUAAUUACAAAAUAAGGACUUAAAAAUAGAACUACAAUACCAUUAUAAUAUCUAAACUGCUCUCUGGCUCCCAGAGAUAUUGAAUAUCCAAUCUGCUCCAAUUUUUUCCCCACAUUUCAUUCAUAGCUUAUUCACACCAAUUUUUGAAAUGUCUUGUAAGACUUCAAUCUAUCAAUCCCUCCAUUUCUUUCAUUUCCCCCCUUGUUUCCCUACCUGCCCCUACAACCCUUUGCAAAUUACCUGUUGAAGAGACUGAAUUGUUUGUCCUUUACAUCUUUUCAUAGUUUAGAUUUUCUUAUUAUAUUCCUGAGGUGUAGUUUAGCAUGUUUGUCUUCUGUUAUUUCCUAUAAAUUGGUAGUUGGACUUGAGGCUUUAUCAGGUAAAAGUUUAUUUUGGACAAGACUGAUUCAUAGAUGAUGUUUUAUUAGUGAACUAUGGUUGCAUAACAAAUUGCCACCUAAAAUUCAGAGGUUUAAAACAACAUUUAUAUUGCACACAGUUCCUGUUAGUCAGGUAUUUAGGAAUUGCUUAGUUGAGUGGUUCUGGCUCAUGGUCUCUCAUGAGGUUCCAGUCAAGAUCCAGCUGGUGCUGCUGUCAUUUGAAAGCUGGACUGGGGCAGGAGGAACUGUUUCCAACGUGGUUCACACACGACUCGUACGCUGGUGCUUGCUUUUUGUCAGGAGGCCAUAGUUGCCUACCACAUGGAUCUCUUUCUAGGUCUACUUCUUCCAGAGCAGUUGAUCCAGGAAAGCAAGGUGGAAGCCACAGUGUCUUUUAUGAUCUACCUUGGAAGUCACACAUUGUCAUUGUGCAAUGUUUAAUUAGUUACACAACUUUAUUCAUUGUUGGAAGUUACCACACAAAGAUUUGCUUACUAGGAAGUAAGGAUCAUUGGGAGCCAUCUUGCAGGCUGGCCACCACAGUGUUCAUCCAUCAAGAAGUACAUGAUGUUAGCAACCAUUGAUGCUCAAUGCCUAAGUUCACUCAUUCAUAACAUGUUGCAAAAUUGUUGUAUUCUAUUAUUCCUUUUUCAUAUAUUAGCUGAAAUAUUUUUAAAAACUAGAGAAAAGAUAUGAGAAAGCCCCUGUCUACUACUUGGUUACCAAUAGUUCAUUUUCUAUAGAAAAGUAAGUACAAAUGCUUGAUUCUUCCCUUUAUUUACCAGUUUUCAAACUAGAGACUGAUGAUUAAUUAGACCUUAAAACAAUUGUGAGCUCAUAGAUUUAAAUAUAUUUCAAUUCAUUGAUGUAUUUCAAUUCAUUGCAGUUACUAUCUUAAUGCUCAUAUAGCCUACAGGUCGGCUAAAUAAUGGUCCUGCAGGACUUUCAUAUCUGGAAGCUGUAAUGUUACAUUAUGUGACACAGAUUCUAUAGAUGGAUCUUGAGUUGGAGAGAUUAUCCUGGAUUAUCCAAAUGGUAAUAGUGUAAUCACAGGAUCCUUGUAACAGGGAAGCAGGAGAUCAGUGAGGUGAUGUGAUAACGGAAGCAGAGAUGGGAAUGCUGACCUUUGAAGAUAGAGGAACACAAGGAUUAUACCUCCAGAGAUUAAAAAUGCAAGGAAACAAAUUCUACCCUGGGAGUCAUCAGGAGAAGCAGCUCUGCUGACUCCUUGACUUUAGCUCAGUGAAACUGAUACUGGACUUUUGACCUCAAGAUCUGUAAGAGAAUCUACAUUGUUUUAAACCACCAAGUUUGUGGUUAUUUGUGACAGCAGCAAUAGGAAACCCAUCUCUGGUCAGUGGAACUGUCAAAUUAUCAAAUAUGAUAAGAUGUUCUAGGCUUACUUCGUACGUUUUCUGCCCCAGACCUGGAAUCAUCAAUUUCCCCAAAGAAUCUUUGUUCCUUUUCAUGGGAAAUGGCAUUUGGGGACCAUUAGGCAUAUUCCUGGGUUCCCUCCACACCAUUUAAAUAUAUUUUUUAAAUAAAAGAACAUGUAACAAAGAAUUUAGCACCUUAGCCAAUUUUAAGUGCACAGUUCAGUAGUGUUAACUAUAUUUACAUUGUGCAACAGCUCUCUAGAACUUUUCAUCUUGCAAACCUGAAACUCAAUACCCCUUGAACAACUCCCCAUAUCCCCAUUCCCUGUGGGUUUUUUGCCUUUUUAAAAUGAAAAAGUAGGACAGUUCUUCAGUGAAAUCUUUAACCAACAUAUUGGUAAACUUUCCUCUAAACUUGUAGAUUCUCAGGUCCUGAUUGUAUGCCAUUUUUGACUCUAGUCCCCAAACUAUAUCCUAUAAAGGGUUCCAAGUAGUAUCAAGGAUUAGUUGUUUUUCUAGAAUGGAGUGAGAUUUGAAAUAAAAUACAUCCCACACGCAAAGUAAUGACCAUCUCAUUAUUAGGACUCAAAAUAUUCCCUGGAGCUGCAGUUUGCUUAAGAGUGCAUUUGUAAGCUGGUGGGGCCCCUACCCACAAUGCAGUAUCCCAUAGCUGUGGUCUCAUCCAGCCCAGCUGUGCCCUAUGGCUGAACUAUUUGUGGGGCAGAAAUAGUUUGCAGAAGACUGUUUGGUUCAGAUCUAUAGGUGCAAUUCUCUGGGUCAUGAGAACUUGUUUAAAUAACUCAUGGGAGAGAAUUGCAGUGCUGAAGGAAAAGGGGUGCCAGUCUGUUAGGAUUCUGAAGGAGGGAGACCUGCAGUCUCAUUUUGUUACCGUUGGGAAGUACCUUGUUUUGUUUUUAAAGCUUUGUGCUCUUAUUUGUACCAAGUGUUUGAAAAGAGUGCAUUCUUAAGUAGUUUUCCUCUCUCCCCUUACAGGAAGUGCUCAAAUUUUAAACACACAGACAUACACACAAAAGAGGAAACAGUUGGAUAAGAACUCAGAAAUCAUGUGACAGAUGACUAAGUUAAUUAAAUCUUCUCUACUUACUGGAAAGGAAGAGUCUGAUGAUUAGCCACUGAUUCUCCCUGCAUUUUUAAAGUUUUGGAGAUAUCAAAUCAUGUUCCCCUUUAUGCUUUUUUCCACCCUGUUUGCUUCUGUAUUUACUGAACCUAUGAAGCAGCGCUGGAUCUGCAACUCCUCUGAUCUGAGUGUGUGGUAUACGUACUGUGAUAAAAUGGAAUUCCCUAUUUCAAUAAAUGUUGAACCCUGUUUAACACUGAAGAAAAGUAAAGGAUAUUUGCAUCUUUUCUACAUUCCAAGAAGAGACAUAAAAAAAUUAUAUUUCAAUAUAUAUUUAUCUGCUAACUCCGUGGAUUUUCCAGUGCGCAAAGAAGUUAUUUGCCGAGGAGCUAAUGAUGAUUAUUCUUUUUGCAGAGCUCUGAAGGGAGAGACUGUGAAUACAACAGUAGCAUUCUCCUACAAGGGAAUACGAUUUUCUAAGGGGCAGUACAGAUGUGUCACAGAAGCCAUCGCUGGGAAUACUGAAGAAAUGCUCUUUUGUUUGAAUUUUACCAUCUUACACAGCCCUGAUUUUAAUUAGAAUAAAUUGAGUAUAUUUUUAUUUUUCAAAGAUUCUGUUCUUCACCUAAA